UCUCCUCAUAGCCACAUGGACGACUCGCCAGGGGUAGGCGAGGCGGUCGGGUACACCCAGUGUGUCAACCAGUCCGGAAACUUCAGCGAUAUAUUCGCGUCGUUCUGCCAGCGUAAUUCCUCCGGACUGAUUCCAGAUGACAUGGAACCAGAGCUUCGAGUUAUGGAACAAAUCGUCAGCAUCGUGGUGCCGAUUUUGUUCGGCAUCAUCAUCAUCCUCGGGCUAUUCGGGAACGCGUUGGUCGUCAUCGUUGUGGCGUUCAACCAGCAGAUGCGAAGCACCACGAAUUUGUUGAUUAUAAAUCUCGCUGUGGCCGAUCUAUGUUUUAUUGUUUUCUGUGUUCCCUUCACCGCUACGGACUACAUCCUUCCCUUCUGGCCCUUCGGAGACACCUGGUGCAAGAUGGUCCAGUAUCUGAUCGUGGUGACGGCCUACGCGAGUGUGUACACCUUGGUGUUGAUGAGUUUGGACCGUUUCCUAGCUGUCGUGCACCCCAUCGCUUCCAUGUCUGUUAGGACUGAACAUAACGCUAUUUUAGCCAUCGGUGUUACAUGGAUUGUUAUUUUGGUGACGUCAAUUCCCGUGUUCCUUUCCCACGGGGAAGUCAAAUAUUACUAUUCUUCCACGGAACAUACUGCUUGUGUCUUUCUCGAGAGGGACCCAGUCAACAGGCCAGAUGGAUACAACAAACCUGCCUUUCAGGUCACCUUCUUCGCCACCUCUUACGUCAUCCCGCUGGCCCUGAUCUGCGGCCUCUACCUCUGCAUGCUGAUGCGUCUCUGGCGGGGCGUAGCCCCCGGGGGUCAUUGUUCAGCUGAGAGUCGUAGAGGCAAGAAGAGGGUGACGAGAAUGGUUGUGGUGGUGGUCGCCAUCUUCGCUAUCUGCUGGUGCCCAAUACAGGUGAUUCUGGUGUUGAAGAGCGUAGACAGGUACGAGAUAACGAACACCUCUGUGAUGAUUCAGAUCGUCAGUCACGUUCUGGCCUACAUGAACUCAUGCGUCAACCCCAUCUUGUAUGCUUUUCUAUCAGAGAACUUCCGGAAGGCGUUCCGCAAGGUUAUAUACUGUGGCCCUGACCGCUCCCACCUUCCCGGCCACAUCAAUGGCCGACCCGACCAGGAGAAGUCGGCUUUGACCAAGACUACUAGAUCCAACGAUAUAUUAUGAACCGCUGGAUCGGUCUAUGAAAACAUCGCCGUAUUCACUCCCUUGUAUAUAAGACUUGCUAAUUUUGUAUUUUAACUCCUCUGUAGUUUUAUUGACAUUACUUACAUCAUCAUAGUUGUACCUAUCCAUGCGAUAUUGGGUAUGUUUUAACAAAUUUGAUCUUUUGCUAUACCGGUGUCAAUAUGCUCAUGAUUGUUCAGUGUUUUUGGGCAAACACCUCUUUGUGUUAACCUAAAUGUUAAGUGUUAUGUUGUUAUUGUUAUCCAAUGUAUAGGCUGUAAUUUCCUAUUUGUUAGUUGUUUUCGAAUAAACAAAAAGAUUCUAAUGCAAAUCUAAUUGAUGAAAUAAAUUUUGUAAAAACGAUAAGUUUAGUUAAAAACUAUUAUUUUGUUUUAGAUAUUGUAAUAACAACUUUAGCAAUUGUGUUAAGUUGGCAAAACGUAUCAACUGUAAUAUUAAGACUAGGUAUAAUAUGAAAAUAGGAUCUAUUUUAAAUAAACGAGUAUCGUAAAACGCUUAAACCUAUCCAAAGAUAAGUUAUUUUUAUAAAAUGCCUUUACACCAUAGACUUAUUUUGUAUUUAAAAUCCAUUUUGCUUUGUUUCUCUAAACCUUUUUCGUUUCACUUGUAUACGUAUCUUCGUGACUUGUAUAUUUAGUGUCGACAAGGUGGCUGCACUGGUUCCCAGUGUUGCGGGGUUGGCAACAUUGCUCAAUGACGUCAUCAUGUUCUCGCCCUCCCGUUUCCGGUCUGAGCCCCAGUUUCCGGGAGUGCGACGCCAUGAGAUACUCUUGUAUACAUCAGUCUCUUUGUACUAGAGAAAAUAAAAUAAACAUGUACAUUUA